AUGCCGGAGGUGACGGUGGAUGGGGACGAGCCCAUCCUCGAAGUGUCCAACAGAGAGGUGCAGCGUCCGGUGCGGCAGGCCCUGAUUGCCUCGCUGUGCCGCGAGUCCCACUGGAAGUGCUUGCUGCUGACGCUGCUGAUGUACGGCUGCUUCGGCACGCUGGGCUGGUGUGCCUUCUGCACCGUCCCCGUCAUCUCCUCCUCCUCUGCCUCUUCCUCCUCCUCGCUCUCCUUCGCCGCCUCCGCCUUCGACACCUCCUCCUCCUCCUCCUCCUCCUCCUCCUCCUCCUCCUCCUCGGGUGGCGGCAACCCCACCGCGUCGGCCUACACCUUCGCCGAGCUCCCUCCGCUGGCUCCGCUGCUGGAGACCGCCAGCCCGUGCUCCAGCGGCUACGUCUACAUCCCGCUGGCCUUCCUGGCCAUGCUGUACGUGGUCUACCUGGUGGAGUGCUGGCACUGCUACUCCAAGACGGCCACGCUGGUGCAGGUGGAGGCGGCCGAGGUCUACGAGCGCGUGCAGCGGCUGCAGCAGGCCACGCCCUGCAUCUGGUGGAAGGCCAUCAGCUACCACUACGUGAGGAGGACGCGGCAGGUGACGCGCUACCGCAACGGGGACGCCUACACCAGCACGCAGGUGUACCAUGAGCGGGUCAACACCCACGCCGCCGCCUCCGAGUUCGACUACGGGCGCUAUGGCGUCGACGACGUGUCGCGGGACCUCCGGGGCCUGCUGGAGCACCCGGCGGUGCGCUUACGCUUCACCAAGUGCUUCAGCUUCGCCAGCGCGCGGGCCGAGGCCGCCUACCUCACCCAGCGCGCGCGCUUCUUCGGGGACAACGAGGGCCUGGACGACUACAUGGAGGCCCGCGAGGGCAUGCACCUGAAGAACGUGGACUUCCGCGAGCACAUGAUCGCCUUCCCCGACCCGGCGCGCCAGCCCUGGUUCGCCCGCCACGGCGUCUUCUGGCUGGCCUCGGCCGCGCUGCUGUCCUGGCCGCUGCGUGUGGUGGCCGACUACCGCACCGCCUACGUGCACUACCACGUGGAGAAGCUGUUUGGAGACCGAGAUGAGGGGCGCUCAGCCGGGGGCGAGGGGGGAGAGGGCGGCGGGGACGAGGCCAGCCUCAACGCCAGGAACGGGAGUGCCGGAGGGGGAGGCGGAGGGAGCUACAGGGCCAUCUCUCGCGUCAACACUGUGGACAUGACGGAGCUGGAGUGGCACAUCCGUUGCAACCAGCAGAUGGUGCCGAGCUACUCGGAGGCCCUGCUGAUGGACCUAGACAACGGCGGUAACAAUAACCCCGCCGCAGCCCAAGGAGGUGGCUCCUCAGCAGCCGCGGCGGCGGUGGGGGUAAACGGAGGUCCGGCCGCCCCCGUGGCCUUCGCCUCGGCCUACCUGCUGCAGAGCUGCCCCCGCUGUAGGCGCUCCACCAGCAGCGCGUCCUUGCCCUCCAGGCUGCGGGGCCCCACGGCAGCCCUGCUGACCGGCACCAUGGCUGGGAUGAGAGCCAGCGCAGCAGGCGGGGCGGCGGGGGCGGGAGCGGGAGCCGGGCCAGGAAGGCUGGUGCUCAGCCGCAGUGGCUUCUCCCUGAGCCGGCUGCAGGCCUCGCGGCCAGCCUCGCUGUUUCACUCGCGCAGUGUGGGCGGGGGGCUGGGCGGACGAGGAGAAGGAGGUGGAGGGGGAGGAGGAGGGGGAGGAGGAGGUGGAGGGUUCCUUAGUUUGGGAUCCAGGCAGGAUGAGGAGAGUAGGGGCGUUCUGGAAGGAGAGGGGGAUGAGGAGGAGGAAGAGGUGGAGGUAGAGGUGCAGGAGGCCGAAGAGGAUGUCAGUAGAGGAGAGCAGCUGGAGGAAGAGCGUGAAGAAUCGGAAAGAGAAGAUCUUCGAGACGGGGAGAGGGAGAGACCCCCAGCCUAUCAGGAUGCCUUUUUCUUCCCUGUGCUCAUCGUACACGGAGAGGAAAGCUGUCAUUCAGGAGACGACAUCUCAUAAAGUAGAAAUGAAUGAAUGAAUGAAUGAAUGAAUGAAUGAAUG